AUGGGCCAUCAAAGAACGCCUCUUUUCUUAACCAACCAGUAUACACGCUUGGGCUUGAGCAUGGCCUCUUACAAUUUCUCAAUCACUACAGCCCAAAAGUCAAAAGACCUCCAGGUUGGCCGCGCCGUCACACGGUCACACCGCACGCGCGCUGUCCUCCGCUGCGGGCUGCGGCUGCAAGCGGGCCGUGUCAUGCCGGCGUCGCCAUGGCCGACCCCUCGCUCCGUGCGGCAAGCGUCCCAGCUCCACGCCAUCCUCACCACAUCCGGCUGCAUUGCCCAACGGCCCUCCGCCGAGCACCUCCUCAACUCGCUCACCAACUGCCUCUCCGCCCCGCGCCACCUGCGCUACGUGCUAAGCCUGUUCGACCGAUUGCCGCACCCCACCACUUUCCUCCACGACACCGCCCUCCGUGCCUGCCUCCAGGCUUCCGCCGGCGCAGACCAUCCCGUCCUCCUCCUCCGCCGCAUGCGCCGCGGGGGCGUCCGCACGAGCGCCUUCACGUUCCACUUCGUCUUCCGGUGCUGCGCCGCCGGCGCCGGCGCUGGGCUCUGCCGGAUGCUGCACGCCGCGUGCCUCCGGACCAUGCUCCCCUCCGCCGCGCGGAUCGUGGCGAACCCCCUCAUCCACAUGUACGCCUCGCUGGGGCUCACGGACGACGCCCACCGGGCGUUCGAUGAGAUGCCUGUCAAGGACGCGGUCGUGUGGGCCACGGUGAUCGGCGGGCUGGUCAGGUGGGGGCUACUCGAUGAAGCGCGGAGGCUCCUCGUGCAGGCACCGGAGAGGAACGUGGUCUCGUGGACUAGUUUGAUUGCUGGGUACUCGCGUGCUGGCCGGCCUGCUGAUGCCGUGUAUUGCUUCAACUGCAUGCUUUCAGAUGGUGUCGAGCCGGAUGAAGUCGCGGUGAUUGGCGCUCUCUCGGCAUGUUCGAAGCUCAAGAAUUUGGAGCUUGGGCGCUUUCUGCACUUGCUGGUUGGGAAGAAGAGGAUGCGGAUGGCUGACAAUCUUGUUGUUGCGCUCAUCAACAUGUAUGCCAAAUGUGGUGACAUUGCCCAAGCACAGGCGGUCUUUGACGCUGUGGGAAGGGGCCAAAAGCCUGAGCCAUGGAAUGCUAUCAUUGACGGGUACUGCAAGCUUGGCCAUGUUGAUAUUGCAAGGUCUCUGUUUGAUCAAAUGGGCGCCCGUGAUGUCAUCACAUUCAACUCGAUGAUCACUGGAUACAUCCACAGUGGCCGGCUUAGAGACGCAUUACAGUUGUUCAUGCAGAUGAGGAGACACGGCAUGCGUGCUGAUAAUUUUACCGUGGUGAGCCUUCUCACUGCUUGUGCGAGCUUAGGUGCACUGCCACAGGGCAGGGCUUUGCAUGCUUCAAUCGAACAGAGGAUAGCAGAGGAAGAUGUCUACCUUGGAACUGCACUUGUGGACAUGUACAUGAAAUGUGGGAGGGUGGAUGUGGCAACCGCUGUGUUCCAUCGCAUGGGUGAAAGAGACGUUCACACUUGGAGUGCCAUGAUCGCAGGUCUUGCAUUCAAUGGGAUGGGUAAGGAUGCUCUGGAGUCUUUCUGCCAGAUGAAGCGUGAUGGUUUUCAGCCCACCUCAGUUACCUACAUUGCUGUUCUGACUGCAUGCAGCCACUCGAGUUUGCUUAAUGAAGGUCGUCUGCACUUCAACGAGAUGAGAUCGUUGCACAAAUUACACCCUCAGGUUGAGCAUUAUGGCUGCAUGAUAGAUUUGCUUGCUCGCAGUGGGCUCUUGGAUGAAGCUAUGCAUCUUGUUCAGACCAUGCCAAUGCAACCAAAUGCCGUCAUAUGGGGCUCCAUCUUGAGUGCUUGCAGAGUCCACAAAAACAUUGACCUAGCCCGACAUGCUGCGGAGCAUCUUCUGAAGUUAGCGCCUGAGGAGGAUGCUGUCUAUGUCCAGUGGUAUAACAUAUACAUAGACUCUAGACAAUGGGUAGAUGCAAAAAGAAUAAGGAUGUUGAUGGAAGAACAGGGAGUUAAGAAGACGGCAGGGUACAGCUCGAUUACUGUGGCUGGGCAGGUACACAAGUUUGUUGUCAAUGACCAAUCGCAUCCUCGGACAUUAGAGAUCAUCACGAUGGUGGAGGAAAUUGCACGCAGGCUGAAGUCUGUGGGUUAUUCUCCAGCUACGUCAAGGAUAGCAGUGGACGUUGACGAGGAAGAGAAAGAACAGGCACUUUUAGCACACAGUGAGAAGAUAGCCAUUGCUUUUGGUCUCAUUAGCCUUCCACCGAACUUACCGAUUCAUAUCAUGAAGAACCUGAGAGUCUGUGAGGACUGCCACUCUGCAAUCAAGUUAAUCUCUCAGCUUUGGAACCGGGAAAUCAUUGUUAGAGAUCGGAGUAGGUUCCACCAUUUCCGAGAUGGAGCAUGUUCUUGCAAUGAUUUUUGGUGA